AUUUUUAUUUUUUUAAUAGAGCGUAAAAAACACGCACUGUAAAAAGGAUACUGAAAAUUCUUCUUUUACGCUAUUCUCGUUGCGCUCCCGCUACAGACCUGUUCUUCUCCGUGACAAAGAAAGAACACACUCCCUCUAUGUGUGUGUAUAUAUAAAUAUGUAUAUCGUCAUUUCUUCUUUCAAUGUUAUAAUUGAAAUUUUGCAAUUUGUAUAUCGGUAUGGAUGAAGAGUACGACGUCAUAGUUCUUGGCACCGGUCUCAAAGAAUGCAUUCUCAGCGGUCUUCUCUCAGUCGACGGACUCAAAGUAUUGCAUAUGGACAGAAAUGACUACUAUGGAGGAGAUUCAACCUCUCUUAAUCUUAUUAAGCUUUGGAAGCGUUUCAGGGGAAAUGACAAUCCUCCAGAAAACUUAGGCUCUGGCAAAGAGUACAAUGUUGAUAUGAUACCUAAGUUCAUGAUGGCAAAUGGAAGUUUGGUCCGUGUUCUCAUCCAUACCAAUGUGACCAAGUAUCUGAAGUUUAAGGCUGUAGAUGGUAGUUUUGUGUACAACAAGGGAAAGAUUUACAAAGUUCCAGCAACUGAUGUUGAAGCAUUGAAAUCCACGUUGAUGGGACUUUUUGAGAAGCGCCGUGCUCGAAAGUUCUUUAUUUACGUACAAGACUAUGAAGAGAAUGAUCCUAAAUCUCACGAGGGACUGGAUUUGAACAAAAUUACAGCAAGAGACCUUAUCUCAAAAUAUGAGCUUGAAGAUGAUACAAUUGACUUUAUAGGUCAUGCCUUAGCACUUCAAAUUGAUGAUAGUUAUUUGGAUGAGCCUGCUAUGGGUUUUUUGAAUAGAAUGAAGCUUUAUGCAGAGUCUCUAGCACGGUUUCAAGGAGGAUCUCCUUAUAUAUAUCCAAUGUAUGGUUUGGGAGAGUUGCCUCAGGCAUUUGCACGUUUAAGUGCAGUUUAUGGUGGCACUUACAUGCUCAACAAGCCAGAUUGUAAGGUCGAAUUUGAUGCUGAUGGAAAAGCUUUUGGAGUGUCCUCUGAGGGAGAAACUGCUAAAUGUAAGAAAGUUGUUUGUGAUCCAUCAUAUUUAUCUAAUAAGGUUCAGAAGGUUGGAAAGGUUGCUCGUGCUAUAUGUAUAAUGAGCCAUCCAAUCCCAGAAACCAAUGAUUCUCACUCAGUCCAGGUCAUUCUGCCGCAGAAGCAGCUUGGUCGUAAAUCAGAUAUGUAUCUUUUCUGUUGCUCCUAUGCUCACAAUGUGGCUCCAAAGGGGAAAUACAUUGCCUUUGUUUCAACAGAAGCAGAGACUGACAACCCUAAGGCGGAACUGAAGCCCGGAGUAGACCUACUUGGACCUGUAGAUGAGAUAUUCUAUGAAACUUAUGACAGAUUUGUGCCUACUAACAACCAGGACACUGACAACUGCUUCAUAUCUACUAGUUACGACGCAACGACACACUUCGAGUCCACGGUAAAAGAUGUAAUUGCCAUGUACAGCAAGAUAACUGGAAAGGUUCUUGAUCUUUCUGUGGACCUGAGUGCUGCAAGUGCUGGUGCCGAAGAACAAGAUUCCUCCUAAAUGUUCUUUUCACAUGUUACAAGUAUUACCAAACAGUUCUAAUAUACUGAUAGUGUUCUCUUGUUUUUCUCUCUCAUUUUUUCGUUAAUGAUAAAGAAUUCAAAAUGGCUUACUGGCAUCUCUAAGCUGAAUAUUAUGUCCCUAUGCUCAGGGCAUUAUCUGUUUAUGGAUUGUCAUUUCAUUUA